GGAGGGGGAGGGCUAGUCAGAGCCGCAGCCGCCGCCUCCUCCGCUCGCCCUCCUCCCUGGCGCUGACCGAUAGACCAGCCGCUCCGUGGGGAGGACUCCGGACCCUCGUGGGGGGGAUGGGGGAGCCCUUCUGCCCCCCGACGCCAGGACCCUCAGAGGGGGUGCGGCCCGCCUUCGGAGUGGGGGGAAGGGCGGGGAGCGUGGGGAGAGGUCUGAGCUCGCCAGGAGGGGGAGGGUGCGCACCCUGAUUCGCCCCUCGAAGGCCUUGUUUUUUCCGCUCUGAGCCAGACACCGGAGAGAAGUUUGGGGAGGAGGUUCUUCACUGCGGCGGCCGCCUCAAUCCCGAGAACAACCACCGCCGGCGUCCUGUGGCCACACCCCGGCGGGCCGAGCCUGGCUACGCCCACGCGGCCCCCCUCCAGUCCUGCGGCCUGGCCAAUGGAGGAGCUACGAAUGGCACGACCUGCCCAAGCUUGGCAGUCGCCAGCGGCACUGGGCUUGGACGGCUGGAAAGACUUUGUUGGAAGGGGAGGCAGGGAGAGGGUGCUGCACCCCUGCCAACCUCCCUCUUUCCCUGGAGUUGCCGAACCACAGCGCAGCCAAUUGGCUCAGAGAUGUGGCGGGUUGCCGCUUCCCUGGGGGUCUAUGCGGCACUCUUCUGCCUGGUGACUGACGCUUUGGAAAUGAGGUUUAUGACGUCAUCGCUUCCGCCGACCAAUAGGAAACGCUCCCGCGGAGAGGUGUUCCUCCCCCUUCCACUCUGCUUCUUCACGCGCGUGAGCGAGCGAGCGCGCGCGGAGGGGGUGGGGGAAAUCGCGAGCACGGUGGCGCGCAUGAGCGGCGAAGCUCCUCCCCCUUGCCUAUAUAUAAAGGGCUGGCGCGGGGCUCAGAGGCGCCAUUUCGCGCUGGAGUGGAGCAGCCUCUAGAACGAGCUGGAGGAUUCUGCGUAUCUACACAGAGCCUUCGAGUCGUCUGGGGCCGCCAUUACAAUCCACGUCCAUCCGCUUGGAAAUGGCCUUCGUCUCGGCCUAUGACCGGCCCCGGCGGACAGUACAGACCCCAUAGAAGCCCCCGAAGCUCCCCUUUUUCGGGCCCCGCCCAGUUCUCGGAGUCUGUCCACCCCCUCUACUCCGCCCUCAAGAGGAUUUCAAAGAUGGAGGCGGCGGCUCCCUAAACCACUUUCGUGUUCAUCCGCCUCCAUCCGAGAUCGAAACGGGACCUCGUCCGCCCCGGACGGUCCCGGCAGGAAGAGGGGAUCCUUGCAGACCAACGGCGGGCAAUAUUGGCGACGGUGUCUGGGAUUGGGGGCCGUCCUGGGGUUUGAAGAGCCCGUCCCCUUUCGCUCGCCCGCCUCAGCUGGGGCCGCCGCCAUUUUCUCGCUGUCCGCCUCCUGCGGAGCGCGCCAAGCUGCUGGGAGUUCUCCGAAGAACAGCAGAGGAGAUUGCUUUCGUGCCAGCCCGGCGGGGUGGGUUGUCGCCUGGAGGGCCGAGGGCAACGGCCCCCGCCCUCCCCCCACUUCCCGGGUUAUGCUGGACCGGGAGGUAAGGGGAACCGAGGCCACCCGGACUUUACGCGGCUGAGGGCAGCGCCGGUUCCCUGUGGUCAAGAUGCUGCAAAACGUGACUCCCCACAACAAGCUCCCUGGGGAGGGGAAUGCAGGGUUACUGGGCCUGGGCCCAGAAGCAGCAGCGCCUGGGAAAAGGAUUCGAAAGCCCUCUCUAUUGUAUGAGGGAUUCGAGAGCCCCACAAUGGCUUCAGUGCCGGCUUUGCAACUAACCCCUGCCAACCCACCGCCUCCUGAGGUGUCCAAUCCCAAAAAGCCAGGACGGGUUACCAACCAGUUGCAAUAUCUGCACAAGGUGGUGAUGAAGGCUCUAUGGAAACAUCAGUUUGCAUGGCCCUUCCGGCAACCUGUGGAUGCCGUCAAACUGGGUCUGCCGAUUCCCACCCCAGGUUGGGAGAGGACCACGGUGGCCAAAAUUCUUAGCUUCUUCCUUUCCCUCAUGCAGCCCAUGGAUAGCCAGCCCCAGAGGAUUAUCACAAAAUUAUAAAGCAGCCUAUGGAUAUGGGUACUAUUAAGAGGAGACUUGAAAACAACUACUAUUGGGCUGCCUCAGAGUGUAUGCAGGAUUUCAACACCAUGUUCACCAACUGCUAUAUCUACAACAAGCCCACUGAUGAUAUUGUCCUGAUGGCACAAACGCUGGAAAAGAUCUUUCUGCAGAAAGUGGCAUCAAUGCCACAAGAAGAACAAGAACUUGUGGUUACUAUUCCUAAGAACAGCCACAAGAAAGGGGCCAAAUUGGCAGCGCUCCAGGGUAGUAUCACCAGUGCCCAUCAGGUGCCUGCUGUCUCUUCUGUGUCUCACACUGCCCUGUAUACGCCACCACCUGAGAUACCUACCACUGUCCUCAACAUUCCCCACCCGUCGGUCAUCUCUUCUCCCCUUCUCAAGUCCUUGCACUCCGCUGGACCCCCACUCCUUGCUGUCUCUGCAACUCCCCCUGCACAGCCCCUUGCCAAGAAAAAAGGGGUAAAGCGGAAAGCAGAUACUACCACCCCUACACCUACAGCUAUCCUGGCUCCUGGGUCUCCAGCUAGUCCUCCAGGGGGUCUGGAGCCUAAGGCAGCACGGCUCCCCCCUGUGCGUAGAGAAAGUGGCCGCCCUAUCAAGCCCCCACGCAAAGACUUGCCUGACUCUCAGCAACAACACCAGAGUUCCAAGAAAGGAAAGCUGUCGGAACAGUUAAAACAUUGCAAUGGCAUUUUGAAGGAGUUACUGUCCAAGAAGCAUGCCGCCUAUGCCUGGCCUUUCUAUAAACCAGUGGACGCUUCUGCUCUUGGCCUGCAUGACUACCAUGACAUCAUUAAGCACCCCAUGGACCUCAGCACUGUCAAGCGGAAGAUGGAGAAUCGAGAUUACCGGGACGCACAGGAGUUUGCUGCUGAUGUGCGGCUUAUGUUCUCCAACUGCUAUAAGUACAAUCCUCCAGACCAUGAUGUUGUGGCCAUGGCGCGAAAGUUACAGGAUGUAUUUGAGUUCCGUUAUGCCAAAAUGCCAGAUGAACCACUGGAACCAGGGCCCUUACCAGUCUCUACUGCCUUGCCCCCUGGUUUGGCCAAGUCAUCUUCAGAGUCCUCCAGUGAUGAAAGUAGCAGUGAGAGUUCUUCUGAAGAAGAGGAGGAGGAAGAUGAGGACGAUGAAGAGGAGGAAGAAGAGAGUGAGAGCUCUGACUCCGAGGAAGAAAGGGCUCAUCGCUUGGCUGAACUACAGGAACAGCUUAGAGCAGUACAUGAACAACUCGCAGCCUUGUCCCAAGGCCCAAUAUCCAAGCCCAAGCGAAAGAGAGAGAAAAAAGAGAAGAAGAAGAAACGGAAGGCAGAGAAGCACCGGGGCCGAGCUGGGGUUGAUGAGGAUGACAAAGGACCUCGGGCACCCCGCCCAUCACAGCCCAAGAAGUCCAAGAAAGCGGGUGGCGGUGGGAGUGGCAGCACUGCUACACUAGGUCCUCCUGGCUUUGGACCUUCUGGAGGAGGUGGCCCCAAACUCCCCAAAAAGGCCGCAAAGACAGCCCCACCUGCCCUGCCUGCUGGCUACGACUCAGAGGAGGAGGAAGAAAGCAGGCCCAUGAGUUAUGAUGAGAAGCGGCAGUUGAGCCUGGACAUCAACAAGCUGCCCGGGGAGAAACUGGGUCGUGUCGUGCACAUAAUCCAAGCCAGGGAGCCUUCUUUACGUGACUCAAACCCAGAAGAAAUUGAGAUUGAUUUUGAAACACUCAAGCCGUCCACGCUUAGAGAGCUUGAACGUUACGUCCUUUCCUGCCUGCGAAAGAAACCUCGGAAGCCGUAUACUAUUAAAAAACCUGUGGGAAAGACAAAGGAGGAACUGGCUUUGGAGAAGAAGCGGGAACUAGAAAAGCGGUUACAAGAUGUUAGUGGGCAGCUCAAUUCUACCAAAAAGCCCCCCAAGAAAGCGAGUGAGAAAACAGAGACAUCCUCAGCACAGCAGGUAGCAGUAUCCCGCCUCAGCGCUUCCAGCUCCAGCUCGGAUUCCAGCUCCUCCUCUUCAUCUUCCUCCUCUUCAGACACCAGUGAUUCAGACUCAGGCUAAAGGGCCAGGCCAGAUGGGGCAGGAGGCUCCGCAGGACCGGACCCCUAGACCGCCCUGCCCCGCCCGCUCCCUCCCUGUGCUGACACUCCUCAUCUCACCCCUCCCCCCUCUGUGAGAGAGCUGGCUCUGCAGGGGCGGGGGACAGAAAAACGGACAAAGGAGGACUGAGCUCCCAGCCCCAUGGAGAGUGCCCUCUUCGGCAUAGAGCCCCCAUUCAGAAUGGCUGGGGCAGGCAGGGGUAUCGGGUGGGAAUGGGCAGAGGCCCUGAUACAGCCUUACCUGAGGCCACAGCCGCCCUGUUCACUUAGAAGGGCCCUGUUUUGAGAUUGUUUUAAUUUAUUUUAAGCUAGGUAAGGCUGAAGAGGGGUGGGGCCAUGGUCCCUCAGCUUCCAUGGGGAGGGAGGAAGGGGGAGCUCUUUUUUUACGUUGACUUUUUUUUUCUACUCAGUUUUCCCUUUUCCUUCUGCUCCAUUUGGGGCCCCUGGGGGUUUCAGUCAUCUCCCCAAUUGGUCCCCUGGAUUGUCUUUUCUUUGUCUGUUGAUUCUAACUUGUAAAUAAAGAAAUAUUAUUCAUGUUCUGA